AUGGACCCUCAAUAUGCAUAUGAUAUGAGUUAUCAUAUGGUUCCGUACAAGGAGGAGCCCCUGCCGCUGUUUCCUCCAAGGACGGCAAUCUCACGACCAUUCUCGGCGGCAACAGAAAUAUUCGAAGAUGAGUACGGUUAUGCUCACUCGCCCAUGAGAAGUGUUGCUUCUUUCGGAGCUGGAAGUACCUCCACUCUCUCUACGCCUGACAAUGUCACAACACCCAACUCUACAGGCCUCACUUCGUUCGAUUUUCAUAUCGAUGAGAAAAAUCUCCGGGGUCCAGGUGGCGGAUAUGUGAGGGGCCCAUCUGGCCCACACCUGUUCAGAUCAUCGAUUGGCUCAGAUAUUCAGGAAAAUUUGGACGUUGAUAUGAUGAUUCAGGAUACCCCUGUGGCUACCACCGGUCCCUAUCACCAUAGGGCUUCGAAGUUUGAUCCAUGGCGAAGAGAUACUCCGGUUCCAAAUCAAGAGAGUAGCACGACUCCUCAGCCACAAUACGUCUCCAACGUCGAGCGGGUCCCGGCGUUUCACAGACUGUCCACAACUGACUGGUCCCCUGAAGAAGUUGUCCAGUGGAUGCAGAGCCUGAGCUUCGAGGAUGACAUUGUGCAAAAGUUUUUCCAAAAUGACAUUUCUGGUUCGAUAUUACUCGAACUCCAAGCCGAUGAUCUGAAAGAACUUGAUAUAUUGUCAUUUGGAAAAAGACAUCGAGUACUGAACUCCAUUCAAGCUCUAAAGAAUGGAGUUUCGGUAACUUCGGCCCCCAGUACUGCCCCAAGCUCAUCGCGGAAUUCUAGUGUGACCGCCGAUAGACCUUCCACAGCAAGGACAUCGACAAUGAUGUCGAAUCAUAGCCAUCAAUCGAGCAAUAGUCACUCAAGCAACAGCUAUCAGUCUUGCUCUGCGACCGACGAUGAUUCUGCCUCCUUCCAAAGACCUCGACGUGGCCGCCAGCAUUCGAGCCCAGAUGUCUGCAAGACGAGCGAUAUCCGUCCGGGAGACUCUGUUUCUAUUGUUGCAAUCGAGCAGGUGCUGCCGAAAGCCCAUCAUUGCUCCAAAGGUGAAGAUUGUCGGAAAUGGCAGAAGCAGCAAGCCAAAAUCGCCCGCUUGGCGAAGGACCUACCCAUCGAGUCUUUCGGAGGAAGGGCCAUUGUUGCUGGUGACCCCGGAAACCCCAAAACUGCGCCCAACUUACUGAAACCGUCAACCAAGUCCGAAGUCCCCUCUCUUGUUGCAUCGUCUGAUGCCUUGGGACGAACGCCCAGACAAGCUUCAUUUCAGUUAUCUCAGGAAACACUGAAAGAAGUCAAACCUAGAGAUCCACAAGAGAAUGUUCGCAACUUCUUGAAUUUCCAGAGUUUGGGUAAGUUGAAAACUACGAAUGACCCUCCAACUCCACCAAGGGAGCUCCUACCGUCCCCUGAAAGCGAUUCUCCAGACUCUGCCAAAAUCACGCCCACUUUAGCUGAGAAUCUGAGACAUCUGCCGAGACUUCAGAUACCUAGCAUCUACAGCUCUGAGGCCUCCGAUGUGACGGGUUUCACGUCUGCCUUGAAAACGGUCACACCAUCCGUGCUUUCCAAGCACAACCAAUUGUACGCAAAUGAUCUUACUGCAAUUCCCGGGCGUCUACAGCAUCGCUUUGGGGAAUCCGCGGCCUCACCAGCCGACUACUACCGUGUCGAUCCAUGUUAUAGACAAGAAACCCCUGUUUCCGAAACAGAUGCUCCAGUCACUGCUGUUCCCAUCGGCCCUGUUGCAAGAGAAGAGUCCCAGUCGGUACCUCCAAACAUGCGAUUUGGAAACAAAUUUCUAGUGACAGCGGACCCAAUCAUUCGGUCAUCAUCUACGAAGCCGAUGGAGGAUCAUCGUCGCUACCCGGCAAACCAUGGGGGCCCAGCCCUCAACACGCUGAAGGAAGAUCGAGUCCUUAGUCCCAUCGAAACUCCAGAAGAUUUGCGCAACACGGUUCGAGCACCUCACUGCCGAAGUGAAAAAAUCUUCGACCCUGACAAUUAUGGUAUAGAUGGUGUCAGUCACACUGGAUGGAUGAAGAAGCGCAAAACUACUAGACUUCUGCGCCACGAAUGGGAAAACCAUCACUUUGUGCUCAAGGGUACCCAGCUUGCCAUGCACAAUGAUGAGGAAGCACAUCGCCGACACUCUCGCGCUCUGGAAUACGUUGACGUCGAUGACUACGCAGUGGCAUGCUCCUCUGUUGCUUCGAGCUCGAAGUUAUCAGCAGCCUUCAAGAAAACAAUUCUCAAGCGCCGAGACAGCGCACCCGAUGACUCCGCUUUUGCAUUUUCUCUCAUUCCUGCUUCCAACAACAAUAACAACAACAACGGUGGUGCGGUUGACCGAAAGGCUCUGUUCUUGAACAGUGGGAAGUCUCACCACUUUGCUGUCAAGUCCCGCGAUGAGCGUAUCGACUGGAUGCGAGAGCUGAUGCUGGCCAAGGCUCUCAAACGUGGUCGAGAAGCUGGUGCGGCCUUAAACAUGAAUGGAAACAUGAUUUAG